AAGUUGUCGUGGCCUCGGACAAUCUGAGCUACGUGUACAGAUGAAGAGACUGACUGAGCAAAUGACCCCCUGAGCUGCUGAAGCUUUCCCUCUCCUCUCCUCUCACACCUAUUCCACUGGGUGCUGGAGGCACAGCGCCUGUGGGGAUCUUUGCAAAAGGGGGCCGGUGCUGCUACAUCGAGCAGUGUCCCGACUCCUUCAACUCUGAAUCUAGCCCGCAGAGCGCUACACUCAGCAGUUGAUAGGCUACAACAUAAAAAUUCAUAUAUGACAAUGCUUCUUAGAUGCGGAUAACCCUCCCAAAGUCAUGAGUGAACAGGGAGAAGGUCACUUGAAUAAAUGAGUGUCCCCAAAGUCUAGAUUGCCAUGAUGUUAAUGUGCAAUUUAUAUGAUCAAAAAUGACAGUUUUACAUCUCCCUUCCACAGGCACAGAUAGCUACUCGGCAGAAAUAUGGACAGUGUUUUACUUCCUCUAGAGCGCUAAAAACAUCAUAUGCGCAUAACUGGGGGAAAAAAAAGGCCACUUGUUUUUGCCAAAUGUAGGUGCCUGAAGUGGUUCCUUUCCUUCAGUGAAGGAUGCUGUCAGAAGGUUACCUUUAUGGAAUUGCCUACCUUUGUGAAGACCUGAACCCUGAGCUCUACAGCAAGAGUUCAACUGAGGAAGUAGUGUAUGAAAUGAGGUCCAUUAGUUUUUCUUCCAUGGACGAUGCACAAGGAAAAAGCCUCCUUCAGAGGUGCAGAUCUGCGGGCAAGUGCCUCUCCUCAGCCUGCGCUAGAGGCAGCAAGCACAGCAGAAAGCAGAAGGAUAAUCCCUUGCAGCCCACACAGCACCCUGUGCCUGCGGACCAGCCAUCUCCAGCUGUGAAUGCCUGUGAAGGAAUGACAAGAAAAGACACAUACCUGGUUCCAUCUUCCUGCAAAAGCAUUUGCAAGAACUACAAUGAUUUGCACAUAGCCGGAGACUGCGUGGUGCCAAUUAGCUCAGUCACGACAGGCUUUACCUGCGACAGCGGCAUAGGCCCCUUCUUGGAGUCCUCAGAGAUUCCUCCCCCCAUGGAGUCCGUGAGGGUCCCCCCCUCCAGCGACACCAUCCGCAAGCCCGCCCAGGGCUACUCCUCAUGCUGGCGGCUGGCAAGCUUGGUGCCCCACCAGCAGCCCCUCUCCGACUCAGCCCUGAAUGACUACCUGGAACAGAAGCUGGUGGAACUGUAUAAGCAGUACAUCAUGGAUAGCGUCGCCAACAGGGCAUCCCCCACUCAGAUCCUGGCCUCGGAGCUUAUCAUGACUAAUGUAGAUCAAAUCAGCAUGAAGAUAUCACGGGAGAGGAAUAUGGAGACCACCAAGGCCAAAGACAUUGUCAUCAGCCGCUUCUUACAAAUAGCCAGUGGAAAAAUAUCUUCAGAAAUGAGCACACCUAGUCUGCAUAUUUCCCAGUAUAGCCACACUAAUGCAUAAUAUUUGAAUGCCUGGUUUUAUGUUCUGCAAAGUCAACUUCUAGUUUCUUAAGACAUUCUUCUGCUUCAUAAAAAUGCAUUUACUAUCUACCACUUAAAUCUUCCAGUACAUAUUAAAUAAGUAAAAAUAUCUGUUCUGUGCAGCCCUCAUUGUGAAACAGAUGAUCUGUUUUUUUAUUAAAAAAAAAAAAAAAAAGUUUUUCCCUAAAGGUUUAUUUUAGUGAGCCUCAGACGUUUAAAAAGUUUAGUAGAAAAAUUGCCAAGAGCAUAUGACAGCGUUCAAGGUGCUCUGGUGUUCACUUUGUUCCUCAUAUGCUUGACAUAUCAUUUCAACUUUCCUCUGUCUGGAGUCAGGGUGAAGAAGACUUGUGCCCAUGAAAGCACAAGCACAGUGAUCACAGAGCCACUGAAAUCCAGAAUUUAGGAUGUCAUCUAAUUCAUCUAAUUCAUCUAAUUCAUCUCCCUGCCCCACACGAUAUCCCUCACAGAAGUUUUUCACAAUUUGUUCUUAAAGAUAUCAAGUGAUAGACAUUUAUGGUUUCUUCUGUGCUAAUCCUAAUUAUUUAGUUGGUGUCUUCCUGUUCAAAAGUUACCAUCCCUUUUUGUGAAGCAAAAGCUAUUUCCAAACAGAAUUCACCAGUAGAAGAGUGCCUGUAUACAAGUGUGUUUUGCACUGAACCAGACUAUUACGAUGGAUGCUGGUGGCCUGUGAUCGCAGACACCACCUUUGCCAGCUACUAGCAGACCUGCAGCCAUUGGAGUGGUUGUGUAGGGACAGCAAUGAAAAUAAAGGGGGAGGAGGAUGAAGAAUUCACCUUUGUUAAGAGAAUUGCACAUUGAGAAGUACAGGCUAAUCUGAAAUCCAUUGGAUUAAUGUCAACAGUUCCCUUGAAUGCAGAAGGAAAGCUGACCCGGACUGCUCGGCAGUAUGGCUAACCCCUUCUUUUGAUAGGAUCAUUGCUCUGUAUCACAGGUCAAGGUCAUUUGAACCUGAAGUAUUUCUAGUAGAAGGCCCUCUUUUGUAAAGUUUCACUAAGUCUUAAAAAAAAAUUUGGAAAAAAGGUAGAAAAAAAUAGCUGCCUUGUGGGCAAGGAUGGUUACCGAGUCUGUAUAAUGUAUAACACAUUGUCAAUGCCAACCCAUCAUUGGUUGAGUUUCUAAGUAUAAAUAUAAUAUAAAUACUAAUUUAUAAUAAAUAUUUAUAAAAUGUU